AUGCCCUGGGAGUGUGGGACACACAAGGAUAAGACUGGAUCUCAGGGGAAGGUGCCAAUUUGGGAGAAGUGUAACGACAAAUGUAUUAGGCCGGUGCCGGGGAGAGGAGACUGGGAGCAGCUGUUAUUGGUGCCUUCGACCGGAUCCUACACCGUGAAAACCAGCACCCCAGAGGUGACAGUGCCAGUUGGAGCAGCUGCCGACCUGUACUGUGAAUACUCGGCGGAUUUCGGGGAGCCACGGGUGGAAUGGAAAUUCCGGGACCUCCAGGGCUCACUCACGCUGGUGUAUUACAACAAGAAGAUCACAGCCAACUAUGAGGGACGUGUGGCGUUCUCCCCGCGCGCUCUACACUUCAAGGAGACCCUGGCGACGGACAGCGGGCAGUACAUGUGUGACGUGAACAAGCAGGAUGGCUCUCAGACCGGCUCUGUCACAGUGAAACUCGUGGUUCAGGUGCCCCCGGCUGUGCCGCAGGCCAGCGUGCCGACCUCGGUGACGACGGGCAGCUCGGUGCAGCUGAAGUGUGUGGAGAGCCAGGGUUACCCCCGACCCACCUACCGCUGGUACCGGGACCAGGUGCUGAUGCCCGAGAAACCCGCCGGCAGCCCCACCUUCCGCAACUCCUCCUACAGCCUGCAGCCGUCCACCGGCCUGCUGACUUUUGACCCGGUGAGCAGGUCGGACGCCGGCGAGUACAUGUGUGAGGCCGUUAACGGGGUCGGGGAACCCGUCAAGAGCAGUCCCCCGAUCCGCAUGGAAGUGUAUGACACCAAUGUGGGCGGGAUUGUCGCCGGCGUGAUCGUGGCCCUCAUCAUCCUGGCCUUCCUUGGGGUUUCUGUCUGGUUUGCCUACCGCAAGGGAUACUUGGGACGUAAGUAUCACCGCCUGCUCCCCUUCCCACCAGUGUCUGAACGUUGUCUGGGUCUUGCUGCAUGGGUAUUCUGA